CCUCUGGGCGAUAUAUUGAAACAUUAUGGGUAACAAACGAGCCCGAGCCGACGAAGUUGUCAUGGACACCUUUAUGGAAGGUAACACAUCCUCAGGGAAGAAGAGGCGCUUUCCAGUUCACAAGGGUCUGGCUAAGAGGCACAUCUCUGCGUCCCUGGAUCCGCGGCUCCACCCACCACACUACCCGGAUCCUUUCCGCCCACUGCGGCCUGUCACUCAGUCCUACUAUCAUUUCCCGGCCGUGCCGACAGUCGUUGUUCCCUCCUUUCUGCCUGAAACAGGAUUUGAGCCGAUGGACUGGGAGCAGAGCGUUUAUUCAGAGACUGUUAUCCAUGUGUCCGAGCCAGAAACUCCCAUGGAGUGGGAAUAAGCCGACAGCGUUACUGUUUGGAGAGUUGUCAUCCCAAGGAAAAGAACUGGGUGAAACAUGACAGUCAUCGCGAUAAACGUCUUCGUGAUGGAAGAGACGAACGAUGUGGCAGCGCCAAGUAAAGACUCUUCGAAGUUCCUAACAGACCGUUGUGGUGGCGGAAUAUACGUACAUGUAACCAGAACGAAGAGUGAAGUAUUUGUCAUGGUUGACCCUCAAAUGUCUAGGAACAAUUUCCACGCAGAAACAAAUGCGUAGCGCUCUUCUUCCGAACCACAUGGAACGCCACGUUUUGAACUAGUGUUACCUAGAGUUACAUAAACUGCACACAGUUAUAUUUACACAAAGUAACGCCCCGCCAGGCGUUGGUGCUGUUGACGUUACCAUGGUUUUCCAUCAAAUAACUCGACUCGUUGAGACGAUAUAUGUUAUCUGUUGGAGAUGUUCAUUGCUUAAAUAAAGACAAGUGAAAGACAAA